GCUCCGCGGAAUCAACCACCACGCUACUACCACGCGAAUCGAGUGAGCUUUCAUCUGAACACCAGCUCCAUGCCUUACAUCGCCAGUCUCACUGGUAGCAUCUACCACCCGCGCCACCGGCCCAUGAUGAGCCACGACGCCAGCGAGAACCUCUCGCUCGCGCCCGAGCUUGUCGACGCGGUCGCCGCGCACCUCGAGGAUGACGCCGACACCUUGCGCAGCGCGGCCCUCGUGUCCCGCAUCUGGUGCCAGGCAAUGCGCCCGUACCUCUUCCGGCGUGUCAGCAUCGAAUACGAGGAAGACAGCGCGAAGCAGGCGCGCGCGCUGCAGCGGCUGGCAGGGUACAUGGCCGGCGGCACCGACGAGCACCCGGCGUCCCCGGAGCUCGCGCGAUACGUGCACGCGCUGGGCAUUGGGGCGGACGCGGUGUACGAUAACGGGAAGGUGCAGCGGAGGGUGGGCGUGCUGAAUGCGACGAUCGCGCUAGUGGAGGCGCUCGUGCAGCGCGGGCAGCUGACGGAGCUCGCGGUGCGCGACGCGCGGCGCCCGCUGGAUUUGCAUCUGCUGGACGCGCUGGACAGUCUGCUGAACACGCAGCCGCUGAUGGCAGUGACCCUGCUGGGGCGAACGAUUCCUGGGAGGCUGAUCUCGUCUGCGCUGAGUAUUCCUUCGCUCAGGCAGCUGCAUCUGUAUGAUGCGCCUUUGUUCGUACCGCGUGCGCCACCGCGCAGUAUCGCACUGGAGGCGCUGGCCUGGUCAGAGUCGCUGGGGAAGCAUCUGCGCUAUCUAUGCGAUCCCGAAAGCUCCCUGGACCUGCGCAAGCUACAGUUCUUUGGCAACUCGAGCCCCGAGGAACUAGGCGAGGUCGCUGCCCUCCUGCGCAGUACGGGCGCGGACGCGAGCCUCAAGUCGCUUCGAAUCACGGGGCCGUCCACCUACAGAGGUGAGUACUUCCGCCGCCUUACAUCCUCAACGCACUGAGCUUCUCACUUGGUCUACAGAGGAACCAGCAGAUCCCUUCGACCUCAGCAUGUUGCCGAACCUGACGACCCUCGGCGCGUUCGUGCAACACACGACCGACUACACCGCGCUACCCUGGUUUUGCUCCUUCCUGGACCACGUCGCCGCGGACCACCCUCUGACGACGCUGCGUCUGCGCUUCAACCUGCGUAGCUUGCAGUCGAUGGCGCUCGUGCUGCACUCGCCAGCGGCUG